UCGAAGCAGAAACUCAUAGCGAGAGGAAAAUGUUAGCUUCGGACAGCUCUCACGUUCUCAAGACUGAAGCAUGUAGGUAGAAGAGAGCGCGAGCGAGAAAGAGAGUGAGAGAGAAAGAACGACUGUGUGCACUUGAGCGUUCAAUUACACGGGAAUGUGUACGUACAAUGAUGAGAGAAUGUAUCCAGGAGCAUAAUACAUACAGUCGAGUUGGAGUAUCAAAACGUCAGGACUUUAAUUUCAAGGUCCGAUAAUGCUUCUGAAAGUUUAACUGUCAUAUCGCAGAUGUUAAUCUAUGAAUUUAGGCGUCUUCAAUCGUGUCAAUUCCAAGGACUUAGGAGAUAAUAUGUACUCAGAGUGGGCGUCUCUGAGUAUACUGAUCCAACAUGGAUCAGAAGACAGCCAAAGUGUUCUUGAGAAAUUUGCUCCUGGAGUCGGCAGAGAAGUCACACUAUCCAUUGUACGACAAUUGGCUACAAAUCUUGGUAUUGCUCAAGCUGCAGAACCAAGUCCACUGAAUACAGAUAAAGAAAUACAAUGGUGUAUGGAAGUUAUCUGUUUUGGGCUGUCCUUGCCCCUAACUGAACAUGACACUGUUCGGGACUGUGUUAAUGUUUACUGUGAGUGGUUAUCUGCUCUCUACACUUCACCGAAAAUAUCAGUGCCUAAACCUAUAGCAGAUGAUCCAAAUUAUUAUGCAAGAAAGAUUAUCUGUCACUUGCAUAAUCUCUUUGUACCAAGGAAAGGAGAAGUCUGGCCAUUUUUAUACCAGGAUUUGGGAGAUGAUACAAUAAAUAAACAAGCAGUAUUAUGUCACAGAGUUUUGCGUACUUUGCAACAAAUUGCAAGAAGCUCUGUGACACUAGAAAGAGAAACUUGGGAGAGCUUACUUUUAUUUUUAAUUGGUAUUAAUGAUGCUCUUCUGGCUCCACCAGCAAUAAGAGAGGAUACAGGGGAGCAACUUUGUGAACGAGUAUUAGGAGUACUGUUAGAGGUUUGGCUAGUAGCAUGUGAACGUAAUUUCCCAUCACCACCACUAUGGAGAACUUUAAGAGAAGCAUGUCUUCGAUGGCGUCAUCGAUUAUCUUUAAUAGAGCAAUGGAACCGCGUUUGUUUGGCUCUCACAGCUCGCCUACUACAUAUAAUGUAUGGACCAAUGUUUCCAGAGCUAAAAAUUAGUGAUGAAGAUUCUCAAUUAGUCCCUUCCACAAUGUCAAACGAAGCAGUUGCUCAGUCAUGGUACAGACUGCUGCGCACAAUAGGUGAUCCCGUCGAUCUAUGCCGUCCAGCUGUGAUAUCGCAGACACCAGCUUUUUUAAGAUACGCUAUUACCAGUCCCAACGUCGUCGAUCCAUGUCAACAUCCUUGUUUACAACAGUUACCCUACAUAUUUCUUAAAGCAAUAAAAGGCAUUGCUGGCCAGGUCGAUGCAUUUUUAGGUAUUACGCAGGCAUGUUGCUGGGAGGAUUGCUGUGUGACGAGUGGCGGUGGAAUGACCGUUGAACGCAAAGAACAGCAUCAUCAGCAAUCCAGCCAUCCCUCACCGACACCUCCCACGCAGCGAAGGCUCGCCAAGAGUUUCAGCGUUACACCGUCCGCCGUCACUAAGGGUAUUCCCAAGGCAUCAUUGAUUGGACUGACCACUAGUAGAGUUACGAGUAGUUCGUUGAUGAGUACUAAUUCGGGUCCUUCGUCUACUUCCAGUACAACUUCUAUAAUAUCGUUGAACCAGGAUGUCAGACCUCCGUUAGCAUCGGCUCGUCCAAAGUGCAAUAGUAUACUCCACUUGUUUGGAGAGUGGCUUUACGAAGCUGCUUUUAUCGGUACAGAUGGUUGGUCGCAAAACUUGCCACAACCAAGUAAUGCUCCAAAACGUCCGUCAUCGAUACUUGUUGACGGUCCAAGCUCUUUGCAAGAAAGCCUUGGUGAAGUACCACCUUCAUUAAGUAUAGAUCGAUAUGAAUCUGGUCGAGCAGAGGCAAUGGGCACUCUUUGCAGAAUAUUCUGUGCUAAAAAGACUGGAGAGGAGAUUUUGCCUGCUUACUUAGCUAGAUUUUAUCAAGCUAUGAAUCAAGGCUUGAAGAUAAAUAGAUUUUCUGAAGUAAAAGAGUGUGGAGAAACACUAGCUAGUAUUUUAUCUAAUUCGGCUGAUCUAUUUCGUCUCGAACUUGAUGGUGUACUAGUUCUUGUUCCCGUAGUGCUUGCUGCAUUAGAGCUUGUAUUACCAGAAAAAGAUUUGAGGCUCAAAUCUAGUUCUGUCUCAAAAGUAGAGUUACGUAGAUCGUCUAUUCAUUUGUUGAUAUCUAUGCUGUGUUUACCGCUACAUUUUCAAAAUCUGCAAAUUAAAGAAAUACCAACGGGUAAUUACAUAAAUCAAGAAAAAAUACCGAUUACCUUUGCUCAAUUAAAACCAAAACUGAUGAAUUUGUUGAUAAAUGCACUACAAGUCGAAGUAGAUCCUCAAAAUACACACAUGCUUUUAGGUGGACUAUUACUAAGUGUCCAAGAUUCUGCAGCAGCUGAAGAGGCAGAACAAGUGACUCAACCUGACACCGCACUGCCUAAUGAAACCACCACUAAUUUACUAUCAUCCGUUUGCACCAGUGACACAACCAGCCAGAUAAGCAUAUCCAGCGAUCUGCGCUCUCUAGGCGAUGCAUCUGAUAUUGCUAUGCUACAAGAAGAAAGCGUUUCUUUCGAUUCAGCGCAUGCACUGUUUGUACGAGCAACAUAUUUGGUAUGUCAUCGUUUGAUAUCAUCUUGGAAAACUGAUCUGAAUAUCUCGUUGGCCGCCCUCGAACUGCUGUCUGGAUUAGCGAGAACACGUAUCCGAGAAACAGCAAGGAAAUUCACAGAUGCUCUGGAAUGUAAGCGAGCAGUUAAGUGGCUAUGUGACUACAUAACGUAUCAAUGUUGGCGACCACCCCCAGCUCACUCCAAAGACCUACAUUCGUCAAUUGUCGCUGCUUUUUCAUGUUUGACCACUUGGCUUACCACACAUCCACAGCUUUUACAGGAUAAGGAGUGUCUGACCACAGUAUUAGAGGUCGUAGAAUUAGGAGUAUCGGGUUCGAAAUCAGUGGGAAAACCCGGAGAACCAAUUAAGAUGAAAGACGAGAAGGAACUGAAACCUGCUUCGAUGCGCGUCAGAGAUGCUGCUGAUGCAUUACUUACGAUCAUUUUGGAGCAGGUCGGCUACUUCCCAAGUGUAUGCGGUGCUGAAUCUCUUUCUUCGCUUCUCGACGAAGUUUCUCUUUUACGCCAUUGUAAUAGUUGGCCAGGCGGUCAAGUACCAUUGCAGACAGCGGUUGAGCGAUUUCGUUACUUUGUAGCCGAUAAUGUAACGAUGCUCGCGUUAUUAGAAGAGCCACUAGGUAAUGAUCAAGAUCCUCAACCAACCGUGACUGUCCUCAUUCGUGGACCGUUUGGUCGACACGCUUGGACUAUGCAACUGAGACAUUUACCUCGACAUCGGUCGGUCGUUAGAAGCUCGAAUACAAAUCCAGGUCGACCGCUGCCGUUGCAAGAGACUCAACAGCCUGUCGACUAUAAGCCAAGAUUCUUUCCGGAUAACGUGGACAAAAUUCCACAUUGCAAAGUCGAUGAGUCGAUACCGAGCUUGGAGGCAGUGAUGAAUGAAAAUGACUCAAUCAAGAACGAACAUCAGAUUCUGCAUCAAUUGCUCGACUACGCAAUUGAUAGUGAGGCAAAGUAUAACGAAGAAAAUGCAAAUCUCGUGUCUGCCGAGAAAGUGAACGAAUGUUCGCCUCCCAAAAUAUGCCACGAGUUCCAAACAGCGCGACUUUUUCUUAGCCACUUUGGCUUCUUGAAUCUCGAGUCAGACACGCAGAAUCAAUUAAAUACCGGUGCUGGUGGACUCACUGCUUUAGAUCCUACAAUAGCUGGUUUCGCCACAGAUCUCGAAGGUCUUGAUCACAUUAGUGCAAGAACUUGUGACACCGUGCACGUAUUCUACGUAAAGUCUGGCCAAACUAUCCCAGAAACUAUACUUUCAAACGUUCUACACGAAAGCAACGUAUCGCCAAAUUUCCUCGAAUUUUUGAACUCACUGGGCUGGCCAGUGUCAGUAGCUACACAUGCUGGUUGGACAGGACAUGUCCAGACUUCCUGGCAUUCUUGUAGUGCUGCUAUUCCAACAAAUGUACCUUCGAACGAGGAAAGUGAACACGGUGGCGCUCUUUAUAAUGGUACCACACACGUGCUCUAUUGGGCGGAUGUUAGUUCAGAAAUUGCCUUUGUCGUGCCAACCCUUUCGGCCUAUGUACAAUCUGAACCAAACUCUGCUGACAGUAAUUUGAAUGAUUCUAACAAUGUAUGGUUCGACAGAUGUAGUACUAGCAGUGCUCAUGCUUUUUCCAACUCUCCAUCAGGACAAACUCGCGCGAUGUCACUCGAUCUUGAAAAACAGAGUGCCAAUCUAGCUUCAUCGUCACAAUCUGAGCCUAUCAGACCUCGAAGGACUACCAAGCACUCGCUUCCUGCACAGACUGACACUAAAAUAAUGGUUGUCUGGCUUGAGAGUCUCGAAGAUUGUGCACAAUUUCCUAUUGCUGGACUAUUGACACAUACGCAUACAGGACUGGAUCAGUCACGCACAGUACAAGCAUGCGACGUGCAUGUAAUAUACUUGCAAGCCUUAGCCAAUGGUUUAAUGCGAGUCAAAAUGCAUGGGCCAACUUCACGAAUGAAUCUCGCGACACCGUUGAUCGAUGGUAUGAUUGUAUCAAGGAGAGCAUUAGGCUCAUUAGUACGACAAACUGCAUUGAAUAUUGGCCGUAGAAAACGAUUAGACAAUGAUAGCUAUCAUCCACCUCACGUAAGAAGACGCUUAAAAAUCCAAGAAAUGGUGCAAAAGUACAAGAGGGAUAUGCAACAACCAGAAUUAUUAACUCUUCUAUUUAAUAGCACUCAAAUGUAAAUAAUUCUGUACAUUUACUGUAUUAUGAAUUUGUAGAGGA